AUGGGUGACUACGAGACCUUCGACCUCGGCGACAUCGACCUCCAGUUAGGUGGCAGACUUGAGAACGCAUACAUCGCUUACAAGACGUACGGUGAUGCAGCGAACCCCGCCAUCAUCUAUCCGAGCUGGUUCAGCGGUCGCAUCGCAGACAACGAGUGGCUUAUUGGGGAAGACAAGGCCCUCAACCCAAAGCGAUACUACAUCAUCGUCCCAGCACUGUUUGGCAAUGGGCAGUCCAGCAGUCCGUCGAACACACCCCGCGACCCAGCCAGACCCUUCCCCAGCAUCACCCUUCGCGACAACGUUACUGCUCAGCACCAGCUCGUGACGAAGGGCCUGGGCGUCACCCACGCGCGAUGCAUUCUCGGAUGGAGCAUGGGCGCCGCCCAGACUUACCAGUGGCUGACGCAGUACCCCGACUUCAGCGACCUGGGCGUGCCGUUCUGCGGCAGCGCGCGAACGUCGCUGCACAACCAAGUCUUUCUCGAGGGAGUGAAGAGUGCUCUGCUGGCCGCAAAGGGUGUGUCUUCGGCGGGUAGCUGCGCUGGCGAGAGCACGCCCGCAGACAACUACCGGGUGUGGUCCGAAGAGGAGAAGACGGCGGGGCUCAAGGCACUCGGUCGCGUGUACGCAGGGUGGGGAUUCAGCCAGGCUUUCUACCGAGAGCGCGUUUACGAAACGGCGCUCGGCUACAGCAGCCUUGAGAAGUUUAUGACUGACUUUUGGGAGGCGUGGGCGCUCUCCAAAGACCCCGAGAACAUGUUGACGAUGCUGGAAACGUGGCAAAGAGGAGACUGCUCAAACCAAGCGCCGUUCGAUGGCAACUUCGAGGUAGCCAUGCAGGCGAUCAAAGCCAAGACACUUGUGCUCCCCGGAAAGACCGAUCUCUACUUUCCCCCCGAAGACUCGGAAUACGAAGUCAAGUGCAUGUCAGAGGGGAUCGGGGAAUGUAUUCCUUUUCCGUCUAUUUGGGGCCACUGGGCGGGGGGGCCUGGAUUGAACAAAACAGACCUGGAUUGGCUUGACAAAAAAUUGAAGUCGCUUUUGGGAGAUGGUCACCAGACCAUGGAGCUGCCUUUGAGGGGCGCGGAUUCGACCGCGAAAGGCAAUGCUGGAUCGUCGUGA